AUGUCCGCCCAGCCCCGGGCCGGGCCCGCGCGCGGCGCCCGGAGCGCCGGGAGGGCGGGAGCGAGCGCAGGAACGAGCGGGAAGGGCCGAGGCGCCGCGACCCGCGCAAGAAGAAGCCCGCACGUCCAGGACCGCCGCCCCGCGCCCCGAAGGGCGGUAGGCGCCCGGCGCGCUCUUGUGCUCGGGGGCGGCGGGCGAGACCGGUGGCCUGCGGGAGGUCGCAGGAAACGAGGAGAGGCGGAGAGGAAGGAGGUCGGGCUGCGGCGGACGCCGCUCUCUAGCUCCGGCGGGAGGGGCGGCUCAGGUGGCUGUGCGGCUGCCGCUGGUUUCGGUUCUGGUGCUCCGGGACGGGCCGCUGCCGCUCUCUGCCGCCGCCGCCGCCGCGCUCUGCGCCCGGGGCCUCGGUACCGCCUCCUCCCGGGCGGCCGCAACUACCGCCGCCAUCCUCCCGCUCACACGGCGGCUCGCGGAAGUUCAGCAAUAUUGAUGAUAAGACUAUGAACAGCGAAAACAAAAGAAAUAACCAA